GUCAGUUUGACGCCCCGCCCUUGUGCCGCGACUCGAGAAACAGUGGUGAUGAGUGGCUCCUGCCUUCAAAGAUGCUGGCAGGCAUGGGGGUCGAUGCGACAGUAUUCAUCUGGAUCUUCUUUGCGAUCACUUUUGUUUUACUUGCCGCCGCUUUGCUCCUUUGCCAUUUCUGCUGUCCGCACAGCCGAAGAGGUGAGAAUCAAGUGUCCACCAAGAAACCGCAGGCAGCACACGCCGCGGAGCCAGAAGUGUGA